GUGUCUAAAUAAUCUAGCUUCGUACAUCUAUCCGUUAACCCUAUACUCUUUUUCUCUCUCUUGCUUUCUCUCUCUCUUCUCUCUCUUUCCCGCUCUCUCUCUCUUCUGCAACUUCCAUUGAAGGAAGAAGAGGGAAACAGAAAAAAGAAAAAAGAAAAAAGUUUUUUUUUUUUUUUUUUUUUUUUUUUUUGGUUUUUGGGUGGAAAAAAAGAGAUAAGUGGGAAAAUGGGUAAAUUACUAUGUGAUUCUCCGGUGGCGGAGAAAUUUCAAACCCAAUCGUCACCGUCGGUUUCUUGGAUAGAUCCACCGCCGGCGGCAGUCGACGCCAUUGAGGCCGUAGAUCUGGUCGACCAUAAUGAGCUAGUAGCUACGACGAUGACAUGGGAUACCGUUCUCGGUCUCGAAGACCAGCAGAGACGAAACCUCCAGAGGCUCCAUGCCAAGGGUGUCCUAUGGACGCGCCCUGAGGAUGACGACUCAUCCUCCCAGCAGAGAUCGGUGGUGUUCAAGCUCUCCCACGGAGGCGAGGUCUCGGCCGACGGCAACUGCCUCUUCACGGCGUCGCAGAAAGCAAUGAUGGGUACGUCGGCGCGUGAGAUCGACGCGCGGGAUCUGAGGAGGAGGACGGUGGCGAGGUUCUUGCAGGACUUCGGAUCCGCGAAAAUGGAGGAGAAGGAAGCAAUAAACAGAGCGAUCGGGAACAUGUACGCUCCUGAUCUGAGGAACGGCUGGGGGGUCCACGUGGUUCAGGAGGUGAAGUUGUUGGCGAGGAAAGAGGACCGAGCUUCUCUCGAUUCGGCCAUCGACGAGCUCGUUCACCUUGGGAUGCAAAGGGAGCUGGCGGCGGAGUCGAUUUACAAAGAGAGGUGUAUAACGGUGGAGGACGGUCCGAGUUGGGCAAAGUACAUGUCAAUCUCUGGUUCGCCUGAAGAUGAAUACGACAUCGUGACGCUGCAAUAUACGGAGGAAGGAUUACUUUCUAUUGACGAGAAUAGAUAUGGACAUGCAGCUGCCUUUGGCGAUGACAUUGCAAUUGAGUGUCUUGCUACGGAAUUCAAACGAGAGAUAUAUGUGGUUCAGGCACAUGGAUCAGAUGCAAUGGUUGAUGAAGAUAAUUGUGUAUUCUUUCUGCCUCAUCGCCCAAGGUGUCAAAUUUGCGAACCUCCUUUCUUCCUUUUCAUGAAAGGAACAGGUUGGUGCGGUGCUGGAGCUGAUCAUUAUGAACCGCUUAUUGCACAUCCUUCUUCAUUUGUUUCCUCGGAGAAGGUUGCCAUGGUUCUCUGAGGGUAUCUAUCCUGCAGUUUUGUGUCUAGAGAGAUAGAGUAUAAGAAGUAGAUCUGUUAUAUUUAUUGUUUUCCUCAACGUUUGGUAUGCAAUCUAGUUCACCUCAUUCUUUCCGUGUCACAAGGAAGAAUUUCGUUCCGUACACAUUCAUAUUUUUGUUAGCAAUAGUUAGAAUUGGUCCUAUUUUACUCUAACUGAGCAGGUUUUGUGCUUGCGCUUGAGGAACUUACAGUGUUGGUAUUAGUUUCGCCGGCUUUUUUCGAUGUUUUUCAGAGUUUUUUUUUUUUGGAGGGUGCUUGUAUUUUCUAGGUGCUAUUUCAUCCAAGUGAAAUGGUGCUAUUCUGUUGUAUCUUAUGCUGGUUUUAUGAGUCAAUGAUAGAGGCAACUUCCUUUUAA